UACCUUCACAUAAAAACUUAUACUUCAAUUCACACUUCCAAUCUCAUCAAAAAUAGCAACAAUUGAAAAUAAACAGAAAUGCCAAUUAACUCUAUGAUCCAUUUUUUUGGUUAUUGCGGUUCCAUCGUUGAAUGUUAUUCCAUAAAGAGUUCAAUUGGUAAGACGGUAUUUCACUUUUCAACCAACGCAACGAGUCAGUCUGAAUCACUUAAGAAGGGAUUUCUUGAAAUCUAACUUGAGCAUGGGGUAUUACAAAUUUGUGUUAAUUAGCUAAAUCUCAUAUUUUAUGUCGUUAAUUAGUUCAAUCACAUUUGCCUAUUUGCCUACUUUUUCUAAAUACAACUUAACCUAUAUUAUUAGAUUUAUUAGUGGACUCUAGGAAUAAACGUGUUUCGCGUUUCAACUAGAACGAAAAAUUUGAACAAGUUUUAUUUAAACAUCCAAUUUCAUUAAUUUGUUCAUAUAUUUUUAUUCUUUCACGAAAUCUAUUUAUUUUCAUUGGAUCCAUUUUCUCUGUGUAUAUAUAUAUACAUGAUUCACUCAAAUAUGUUAUUUGAAAUGUCAUAUAUGAAUAUACAAUGUAAUGAAGAUAAUGGCAUUGGACAUUAUUACUUAAUCUGGAUUUGAAGGUAGUUAAUAUAAAUUCCUAAAUUGGUAAUCAUUAAGAAAGACUGACAAUGGAAACUAAAUUCAUUAUUAUAGGAAAAUUACACUUACACAUCAUAUCUUUUAGGCAUUUAUGCAUCAUAUUGAUAUGAAAAAAUAUUAGAUUGAUAAGACUAAUAUAUUUGACUAAGAAAAAUAUAAAAACUGACAUAUAAUUUAUCAAAUGAUUACAUAUUAUGAACGUCUCGUUAGAUAUCCUCCUUUUUCCUCAAAAAUAAUAAUAAUAAUAAUAACAACAACAACAACAACAACUCGUUAGAUAACACUUUGUUAAUUUCCUAAUAAAUGCAAAAUAUAAUGAAAUCAAUGUUUACUGUUGAUUUUUUGAAUAUUAAUUCUGCUAAGAUAAUGUUUAAAAAGAUAGUAAUAAAUUUGCUUCCAAUACCAUAAAUCUAUCUAAUAAAGUGAUCAAUCUACCGUAAAAUUAAAUAAUUUAAGAAUUGAAAAUUGUUUCUAAUUUAUAUCUUAAAAUGAAUUUUUAUUUUAACUUAACCCAUAUAAAAAAGAAUUAAUUUGUAUGGAAAUCAAUCAUGAAUCAUGAUCAUCCAUUUAAUUAAGAUCAAGGGGUGCAAAUUGAUUUUUCAUUACCGUAAAAAAGCAUAUUAAAUCAUAUAUACAUGAUCAUCCAUAUAAAAAAGCAUUAAUUGGUCAUCCAUAUAUAUAUAUAUAUAUAUAUAUUAAAAUCAUAUUUAAAAUUUCGUCCAAAAUACACAUAAAAUAUAAAUCAUUUUAAGACAAUAAAAAAAAAAUAUCCUAAGAAGAAAAACCUCUAUGCUUCUUUUAGGGGAGAAAAACCUCUAUAUUAAAAGAAUAAAAAUAAUAAAAUAGACUCUAAAAAAAUAAAAAAUAGCAAUAUUAAAGCAGUAGGGGAUUAGACGGCAAUAUCCCAUACUAGACUUUCCAAAUCCCAAUACGAUUUAAUAGACAGCUCAGCUCUGACCGCGAUCACACCACCUCUCUCAUCAUUCUCCGCCGCCGCCGCCGCCGCCGGCGAAUCUAUCCAUCGCCGCUGUUCGCGGAACACUCGAGAAGGUUGGGAUUAACCGAUGGCGAUUGAUAUGGAGUCGUUAGUGGAGGCGACAUCGGGUGCGGUAGGUGCACUGGUCAGCACCACCAUCUUGUAUCCGCUCGACACAUGUAAAACUAGGUAUCAAGCUGAGAAUCGAGCUCAUCACCACCAAAGAUACAGGAAUAUUUCAGAUGUUCUGUGGGAAGCAAUAUCCAAAGGUCAAGUACUGUCAUUGUACCAGGGGCUGGGCACGAAGAACUUGCAGUCCUUCAUUUCACAAUUUAUCUACUUCUAUGGGUAUAGCUUUUUCAAGAGGCUGUACUUGAGAGAAAGCAAAUCUAAAUCCAUAGGAACUGCCGCUAACUUAUUAAUUGCCGCUGCUGCUGGUACAUGCACAGCCAUAGCGACACAGCCUCUUGAUACAGCAUCUUCAAGAAUGCAAACAAGUGAUUUUGGAAAAUCAAAAGGCUUGUGGCAAUCUCUCUCAGAGGGCACUUUUAGUGAUGCAUUUGAAGGUCUAGGAGUUUCCCUUCUACUUACUGCAAAUCCGUCUAUACAGUAUACAGUAUUUGAUCAGUUAAAAAAUAGGCUUCUAAAGAGUAAUAUGGAGAAACAAAGGGAUGAUGUGUCAUCUCCAGAAGCUAUUUCUGCUUUCUCCGCUUUUGCUUACGGUGCAGUCUCGAAGUGUAUUGCUACCUGUUUAACGUAUCCAGCUAUAAGGUGUAAAGUGGUGAUUCAGUCAGCAAAAUCAGAUGAGAGUGAAGAUGGUAAGCGUCAAUCGAGGCCCCGUAACUCCAUCACUGGAACUCUCUGUUCUAUCUGGGAAAGAGAAGGGAUACUCGGCUUCUUCAAAGGGCUGCAGGCACAAAUGCUGAAAACAGUCCUGACCUCAGCACUGCUAUUGAUGAUAAAGGAGAAGAUUACGAAGAGCACAUGGGUCCUAAUGAUCGCACUAAGGAGGUUUAUGUUGACGAGACCCAACUUAAAGAGUUCUUGAAGAAAUCUUGGUGAAUCAGUGAGAUGUUCACCGUGAGGUUUAGAUGCAGUGAGAUUGAUGUCCACCAAUCACUCUAGUUUAAACUAACAUGAAAAGGCAGAGCAGUGGAAGCACGACGGGGCCUAUGGCGGCCAGGGUAAGGCCGGAAGCCCCGUUGGGGGAAAUACCGGUGAUGUUGGUGAGGAGAACGACAAGCCAGUCAUCUUCAGAACCAACCCCGAUGCUGGAGUAGCCGGUAGAGUUGAGGUAAGUCGCGUAUUUUGACGUGAAAUCGGAGACCACGAGAUUCUGCUGGUUGGGGAUACAGGUGGGUAAGAUCUGGCUGCUGCCGGAGGCGUUGGUGGCAUUCAGAACGCAUUUCGACAUGAUGGCGGCAUAGCUGGGAAAGGUCGUAGCGUUGAAAGCCGUCGCGUUGAAAGUCGUUGCGUUGGUGCAGCUUUGGUUCUGAUAAGUAUCUGCGAUUUCAUCGGCGAUGCAUUCGGCGACGGUGGUGGUGGCCAGAGCUGUGAGGUUCAAGUUGGCCCUGUAUUGUUGGAUCCCUUUGAGAAGAUCAUCAUCCUCUGCGUUACCCAGAAACAUUAAUGCAUAUAUGAUUUAGUGUGAUAAACAAAAUAAUAAGUGAUGAGAAUUGAGAGAUGCAGUGAUUAAGUAGAAAAUGCAACUGGUAAUAAAUAUACAAAGGAAUCAUAAACUAUAUGUCAAUUUUCAAUUGCA